AUGCCAUCAACCAAGUUGCCAUCAUCCCUUAUCCCACUCGUUCCCAGUUCCCGAUGGGGAAGCAAAUGGAACACCGCAAGGACAGUCAACGGCUUCAAAAACUCCAACGGAGUGACAUGCUACAGAAAUGCGGCCCUACAGAUGCUCUUUCAUCUCCCAGUAUUCCUGAACUGGGUGGAGACGGUCGCCGAGGUACAUGUCAACUCUGAAGGGCUUUGUCAAAAUGGGGCAGGUCCCGACGAGACGGAUGACGACGACAAAAGAUGCAAAGUGUGUCUGAUCCACGAUCUGCUGGACGUAUUUUGGAAUGCGAAAGCGGGCAAAGAUGACCUUGAACUUGCCCUGGAUGACUUCUGGGAUGCAGUCUUCGAUGACUGGAUUGCUGAAAAGCCAGAAGACAGCACUGGCGAUGACGGUCAACAAGAUGUUGCCGAGUUUAUCACCGAGUUGCUCAAGCAGCUCUCGGUGGAAAAUAUCGCAGAUACAGCUAAAGAAUCACUCGACGAUAUGUUCGCGGUCGAGUCUGCCGAUAAAAGAACAUGUGCAGGUGUCAAAGGCUGUGGUGCCGAGACUUCCAACCCCUCUAGCUUCGAUUUUUUGGCAGCUCACUUCAGCGAGGAUGAAGAUUCCCAAACACUUGAAGAAGCAAUUGAGAACACUUUUGCCACGGAGCCGAUCGAGGCAAUGUGUACUGCCUGCAAGAAGGACCCUGUAGAGUCAGAGCUUGUGCUUACCGAGGUCCCGGAGGUUCUCCUGGUACAACUCAAUCGAAUCGACCAGCAAGUUACAGAAUCUGGAGAAGCCGAACCGGUAAGGAUUGAAUCGGAAAUUCAGUUCUCGGAAGAGUUGGUUCUCCGGAAAGAGUGGCUCGAUCCCAAGCUUGGGGAUAUCAGAAAGGACAUCAAGUAUGUACUUUCAUCUGUGCUGUUACACCAAGGACCGAGCAUGGAUGCGGGCCACUAUAUGGCUGCCGUCAAGAGUCAGGAUGGAACUUGGACCCUCGCCGAUGAUACGAAGCUAAGCACCUACGAGUCUUUCGAGGCUCUGGCAGGUUCGAAGGAUAUCCGGAAGAAUGCGUAUGUCUUUGCAUAUCGCCGGCUUCCUCUAGUGACCAGGGGCCCAGGGAUUAGCUUGAAGGAAUCUCUUCUCAAGACCAAAUACAGUGAUGCUGGAGCAGGACCUGCAGAGACCUAUGAUAAGAUGGAUAUCGACAAGAAGACAGACGGAGGGGCAGCAGAAACCAGCGACCCUAUGGAUUUCUAUGUGAGCCCUCCAGACGCCGUGAUGAGGGAUGUGUCACUUCCCAACGGUCCCCAAGUUACGCAGAAGUACAAUGAGGACGAAAUCGAGUUGGAUGAGAAGCAGCGCGGCACCUUGGAGAUCAAGUUCACAACCAACACAGGAAGAACGACCUUGAAGGCGUAUGUCAAGGGGUUCCUCUGGAAUGAACUGAAGGAGACAUCUCGGAAACGCACGGUUCAGAGCUCGACUCGAGCUAAUUGCAAGAAGCUGGUUAAGGACAAGAAACUGAAACUGGCAGAGUCAACUCCCAAUAGUCGGAUCACAAAAGCCAGUACCAACCGGAAGAAGACUGCGCGGAAGUGA